AUGGAACAUGAAACACUCAAGUAUCUGCUCCCGCGACAAAUGGACAAGCUUAAUGAUCUUUUGUCGAUUUGCAUACGUAAAAUAUAUCAGAAGAAGCGGCACCCCAACAUGGGAGGACUUGAAUCGACAGGUGUUGCCAAUUCGAGAAAUGUCGGAAUGUGUCAAGGUAAAAAACUUCUAAUCACCGCAACGGCGUCUGACAUUCCUCCUGAGGCGGUAACGGGUCUUCAAUGCCAGUACGACUUGUGCCGAGAUUAUUCGCGUCCAAAACUCCAUCGAGAAGGUGGUGGAUGA